AUGAACAGCAAAGACUUUGUAGUUCUUCCAUGGGGAAAACCUGGACAUUCUGUGAAGCUAAAAUAUAAAAAUGCCCGAGAACUGAAGAUAGAGAAAGUACAGUUAGAGUUGGAGAACCAAGAGGUGGAAAAGAAGCUGCAAGAGUUCCAAUCAACAAGGAGCAAAGACAAAGAAGAAAGAGAGUCAAGUGACUAUCACUGGAAAUCUGGAAAAGUGGGAAAAUUGGGUAAUCCGUCACAUAUACUGUCACAAAAUAAAGGAAAUGUUAUUAAGCCUUUCCCUGGAAAAGUAAGAUUAAAAUUACUGAAAGAGAAGCUUCAAGAGCCAGUGAAACAAGGUUUUCAUUAUCAGAUGGCAAAUUUUUCUGAAAGAGAAAAGCCCAAGAUGAGAGGGAAAGUGUGUGGGCAGUGUGAGAACAAAACCGCUCUGCUUGUAUGUCUUGAAUGUGGAGAAGAUUACUGUUCAGGAUGCUUUGCUAAAAUUCACCAGAAGGGGGCACUAAAGUUCCACAGAACAACUCUUUUGCAGACAAAAACUCAAAUAUUAUCCAAUGUAUUGGAUGUUGCCCAUCGGUUUAUCAAGGAAGUGAAUCCAGAUAAACUCAAAGGGGAGAAUCGCUCUCCAAAAGAGAUUAGUAAACGUCAGCAUCGACCCAAACCUCCUCCACUGCAGGGGAGCAGCUGCCAGGUGGAAGUUUCAACAACAGCCAAAGAAGAGAGUACAAACCCGAGAGACAGGCUCUUGGGUGAAGGGUCAUUUGAUGAGGAAGCUUCUGCCCAGUCCUUCCAGGAAGUUUUAAAUGAAUGGAGAACUGGACGUCAUAGUGGCAAAGGCGAGCAGAACGUCCCUGCCGCAAAGCCAGAUUCAGUGGAAGAAUGUGAAGUACAAACCAAUCUGAAAAUUUGGAGAGAACCACUUCAUGUUGAAUUUAAAGAAGACAGUAUAUCCUAUAUGGACAAAUUAUGGCUUAAAAAACACAGAAGAAUUCCACAGGAGCAACUUCAAAAUAAACCACCAGAUAAACUCAUACCUCAGUGUACAAUCACGAGUGAGGCACCAUGUCCUCAGAAUGAAAGUGAUAAAGAUGAUGAUGUUGAGGAGACCAAAGUACAAUGCCCAGCUCUUUUUCUGCCAGUGGAAGAGUUAAGAACAGAGAGACCUGAAUCAUCUGUAAGAAUAGUUGAACUGGAUGAUACUUACAAAGAAGAAUUUGAAGAACAAGGAAAGAUUGUGCCUUACAAAGUCGAAUUAGCUGAUGCAGUUAGUCAAAGUUGCACAUUUUAUGAUUAUCAGAAUACUUUUCUGUAUAAAAAUUAUAUCCAUCAGCAUCAUGUUUUCACCAAGGAGAAAACAGACCUCUUACAUCUUCAUCCAAGCAACAGCCCUUCUUAUUGUGAAGAUAACUCAAAAGGAACUUCAAAUAAAAAAGUUGGCAGCAAUGUGGAUCCCGAUGUUUAUUCUCCUGCUGUUGAAAACUUGGGGGAAGGCAGUUUUUCUGAAAGUCAUUUCAAAGAGAAAAGUAUAAUCGAUAUGGAAUGUAAUCAAACUCUGGAUAAUUCCUGCAUAUCAUCUGAAAACAAGGAUUCUUUUCCAAAGGUAGAUUUAGAAACACCUUCCAUUAAGGAGAAAUUAUCUCAAGACAGCAAAGAAUCCUUGGAAUGUAGCAAUUUUCUGGAGAAGCCAAACUUUGAAGAUUCAAAAACUACAGAGUCACCACUGUCAUUACAGGAAAUAGCCCUCAGAAAUAAGCCUAUUACUGAAAAAUAUCAAGGACUUGAAAGAUUCUUUGUUUCUGAUAGAAACGAAAGACUCAACUCGCUGCCUUCUCAUAAUUUAGAACACAGAUCUUCUGGUACUAAGAUAACAAUUACAGGCAAGACAUCACAGAGACCUUCAACAGUAAAUUUACCACUUUCCACCUCUGUUAAAAGAAGUUCCAAUCGUAAUUACUCCAAUCCUCCACCAAGAAGUGCCCCGGCUCAAUUAUUAUCUAGAGCUGCCUCUGAAAUUUCAGAAAUUGAACACAUUGAUAUUACUGACCACAAUGAGCCUUCUUCAGACAACACUGCUGAUCAACAAACCUUUGACAGUCUGGAAAAGGAAUUGAAUAUGCUGAGAAGUCUUGCAGAUCUUUCAGACAAACAUUGCAGCCAAACCUCGGAAGAGUCACCUGCCUUCAGCAAUGAUCCGCUGAACUUAAGUCAGGCUACCCUAGAUUCCUUUCAGACCUCACUUCCCAGAGGCCUCUGUGGAAUUAAGGACCUGAGCUUUUCUGAAAAUGAUACUGAAAUUCAGUCUUUCCUGACACUUUCUGAAAGCAGCAUGGACGAGGAGGAAAAGGACUUCCUUGACAAGGAAUAUGUCAUCAUACUACCAUGGCAGAAGAAUACCUAA